AUGAAGUUCUUCGCCAUCCUGCUGCUGGCCAGUCUGGCCUCCACCUCGCUCUCUGCCCCUCACGAAGCAGAAGACAAAAUCUACUCGGUGCCUCACCCCACCGACGCUGAGGCACAGGUGUCCCCCAGCAGCCACCCCUCGAUGGAUGUUGCGGCCAAGGACAUUUCUAAGGAGGCGACCAUCACCACAGAAGAGCAUUUUUCCCAGGAGAAGAAGGUUGUGGUCAAGUCUGUCAGGAGACCAAUGAGUCCAAAGCAGCAGGUGCCUCGCCCCACCCCACAGGAGGACAUUUCCCAGGACGCUGACCUGCAGUCCGAGCAGACCGCGGCACGGACACCGGCCGCCGAGGGGAUUCUGUUCAAGUCCGGCUAUGAAUUUGGGAAGAAAGUGGAGACAGAGGUGAAAAAAUUACUAAACUAUCUGAAAAGCCUUUUCCCUCGCGUCGCGGAGGCCAUCAGCCCCUGA